AUGACCAAGGAAGAUAAGAAAGGGAAAAAGAGAAGAAAGAUAAAUAAAGAAGAAUCAUCAAAACGACUUCAAUGUGGAUUCUUUCUCGUAAAAAAGAAUAGAAAAUGUGCUAUGCAAAGAAAAGAAGGAAAUCAAUUUUGCUCAGAACACAUGAUAUUUGAUAAAGAGGAACGUAAGAGAAUCCCAUGCCCACUAGACCCCAAACACACAGUAUGGAAGGAUGAUCUAGAUGCACAUUUGAAAAAAUGCAAUGCAAAACUGAAGGAAAAAGAAGAUGAAUGGUUUCAACGGGAUAUUAAUUGUUCACUUAAGAACAACCAAAAUGAGUUUAAUGUAAAGGAAUAUGAAGAUGACAAAGUCGAAAGCUCAAAAAUACAUGAAAAAUACAUUCAUUUAUUGGAAGGUAUAGAGUUUGAGCCUUUGAUAAGGAACAGGGCCGACCACAAAGGAUUGCAAGCUCAAUUGUCGAAAACACAGAAUCAGAAGCAUGCUCUUCAACAAAGUUCGCUAAUAGGAAAUCUCAAGGAAAAAAGGUUACUAGACACCAAUUGUACAUAUAUUGAGUUUGGUUGUGGAAAGGGUGAGUUAUCUAGAUACGUUAAUUUAUGUUUAAUUGAAGAGCUGAAAGAAGGAAAAACUGAUCACACGAACCAUAGGUAUGGUUAUGGAUUUAUAGAUAGGGGUGUGAAUAGAUUGAAAGCUGACAAUAGAAUUUUAAAAGACGUUAGAGAAUCCUCAGUGGAAUUCAUUGCUCCAAUGAUAAAGCGUACAAGGAUAGAUAUCAAAGAUUUAAACUUGGAUAGAUUCCUCGAGCUGCUUAAUCCUCAUAAAGUUGUUGGUAUCUCUAAGCAUCUAUGUGGUGCAGCGACUGAUUUGACCCUUAAGCUGGUUCUAAAUUCCUCUUUAGUGAAUCAAGAAUCUAAAAACUUUGGAGGCUUAUUGAUUGCGAUGUGUUGUAGGCAUGCGUGCUCUUAUGAUGAACUAUUACCACAGUCAAGAGAAUUCUUAAAACAAAAAGGUUUCAGAUCGCCCGCAUCCUUUAAUGUGUUGCGAAAGGCAGCUUCAUGGGCAGUCAGCCAUAAGAUUAGUGAGGGUAACGGAAACGAGUCAGAAGCUAUCUCAAAUGAUAAAAGAAAAUUGGGGUUAAAAGCAAGACGCUUGAUAGAUGAAAGCAGGGUAUUUGCAAUGAAACAACUCUUACCGAAUUUCGAAGUAGAUAUGUUCUUGUACACGGAUACUGAUGUAACCUUAGAAAACGUGUGUCUAUGCGUUAGACCUCUAUGA